GAUGAAGUCACGCCCAAUGCGGAAGUGAAUGCUACCUGAGCAGUCGCCCGAACAUUCUAAUCGAAACCGACGCUUUCCCAGCGUCUGAAGAGGAACUGACAUAGCUCCAUCAUGCUUGGUGGAGGGUUUAAAUCCGAGAGACUUCGGGUCAAUCUCAGGCUGGUCAUAAACCGCCUCAAACUUCUCGAGAAGAAGAAAACUGAAUUAGCCCAGAAGGCUCGCAAGGAAAUCGCAGACUACUUGUCGGCCGGCAAAGAUGAGCGUGCGAGAAUCCGAGUCGAGCACAUCAUCAGGGAGGAUUAUUUGGUGGAGGCCAUGGAGAUCCUGGAGUUAUACUGUGAUUUGCUGCUCACCCGUUUUGGCUUAAUACAGUCCAUGAAAGAACUGGACCCUGGCCUACAAGAAGCAGUGUCCACUCUCAUCUGGGCUGCCCCUCGACUGCAAUCAGAAGUGGCAGAACUGAAGAUUGUUUCAGAUCAGCUGUGUGCCAAAUACAGCAAAGAGUAUGGAAAGCUAUGCAGGACAAAUCAGAUUGGAACAGUUAAUGAUAGGCUUAUGCACAAACUGAGCGUGGAGGCCCCUCCCAAGAUUUUGGUGGAGCGUUACCUCAUUGAGAUCGCCAAAAACUACAACGUUCCCUAUGAACCUGAUGCCAUGGUUCGGCCAGAGGUGUGUCCAGGUGAAGAGGCCCAUCUGAUUGAUGUGGACAGCGACUUCAAGAAGCCAGGAGCUGGUGGAGGUGGUGGAGGAGGUGGAGGAGGGUUUAUGGCUCCCGCUGUAGGCAUGCCUAUGCCCAUGCCAAUGCCCAUGCCCAUGCCCACAGCUUUCAACUACCCACCGCCCAAAGGAGCUGAGCCCUUUAAUGGUUCUGUUGGCACCUAUGAUGGCUUUAGCAACUUCCAGCCUCCAGUGAGAGGAGGGCAGCCCCCACAGCUGCCCAGCUGCCCACCCACCUAUGAAUCUAUCGAUGAGUUGUCUGUCAAACCCUCUAAUUCUUCCCAGGUCAUCCCAGGCCCAGCCCCGUCUGCUCAGUUCUAUGACAACUCUACCCUUCCUGAACUUCCGUCUGUUCCCGACACUUUCCCAGCCUCCUCUUUCGGAGCGAACGCCAACACAUCGGACGACAUUGACUUUGACGACCUCCUUCCCAAAUACUCUCAUCUGAGGGACUGCUAG